UGAGAUGCUAUAAAAGAGAGUGCUGGAGCUGUCGGUGGCAUUAGCUUUCAGCAGACUGACAUUCACACACACACAAACCGAGAAACAGCCAGAGAGAAAAGAGACAUCGGACAGCAGCAGAGUUGAAACAGAAGCAUUCAAGCUGAGGAGCGAAGAGCAGAGGCUGACCAGAGCAGCUUAAAAGCAUUUGUUCCUUUAACGCUGUUACUGGUUGUUUUUGCCUGACUUCAAGAUUUGAGGAGUGUUUUUUUGGCUUGACUUUGGACGAACUUGGUUUGCUCCUGAGACAGACUUCUCCUCGAAUAGGAAAAAGGCAUCAGAAAGAGCAAGGAAAGACAAGUUUGAGACUUGAGAUCAGUCGUCUUCCAGCUGCAGUCACACUUGGUGCCACAUUUGAUUUGAACUAGAUUUAAUUUUGUACACAUUUGGGCUUCUGUUCUGCCAAUGGCUGCUGUGCGUCAGAUGGUUAUGGAGGCCUCUGGCUUCCAAGUCCUGCCAGCCCACCUUAUGGCUUCGGCCAUGGAGGAGUUCCCCCAGCAGCUGCCUGUGCCCAAGGGCCCGGCAAGGGGCAAGAGCCGCUCCCGCCGAUCUCGCGAAACUCGCUUCAAAACACAGCCUGUCACCUUUGCUGAGAUUGCGGAGGUAGAAGAAGAGGGUUCCUCACCUCUGGAGGAGGAGAGGGCACGUCGUUCCUUCCUGCAGUCCCUGGAGAACCUGCGACGGAGCACACAGACUCUCCAUUGCCCGCCAGCUGCCCAUCACAGCUGCACCCCCACACCCACACAGGUCAGCCUGGACUCCAGUGACUCCGACUCCACCCAGUGAUUGGUGGGACAUGCUCGUCUCCUGGCACCCAUGUUCCUUCCUUCUCCUUGACGCCGCUUCGAAUGGAGGCCAACUGAACUGAACCAAACUGGCUUGUCUGCCAGCCUGUUUGUGUGUUUGUAAGCUGCUGCUGUUAUACAAAAGUCUACACUUAAUAUAUACUAACAUACAGUGUAUAGCUCAAGGAUGCACUUGUGCAGGAUGCAUAUCUGAAAGCUCUCUGCCAUCACUGCAGGCUGGUUAUACUGCUGUAUAGAUAUGAUAAGUGUACAAGUAACACAUGACGCAGUGGCGAACACACCACUCUUCUAAUGUAUUCCUUUUCUACUGUAGAUGUCUAUGAGGAAAACUUGAAAGACGAAAGAUGGUUGAUAUUUUUCCACUUUAAAGCUGUAUAGAUAUUUUUGUUUCAAUCCUGAUUUUUCUACGUGACCAGUCACUACAGAAAGGACUGUUGAAAAAUGUUAGUUUUGCGACUUACUCCGCUGUACAUACUCUGUCUAAACAUUGUACUGAGCACCGAAAGUGAUCUGGCCAUCAUUGAAGCAGUAGAUUAUCUUAACAAAGCGUCGUCAACAGUUCAAGCUCUUGUUUUCCAGCUUCACAGUGAAUGAGAUCUCUGCUGUUGCUGCUUCAGUUCAUAAGCAAAAAAAGAGAGCCUGUUUAAAUGUCUAUUUAUUCUAUCAUUUUGUUCAUAACCAAGUGGAGUUGUAGAUUAUUGCUCUUCUAAAGUCACCUUGACUUUUAAAGAAAUCAUAACCUUUAUACUGUAUAUUUUGUUUUACUUUAUACAUAUAUAUUGCAAUGUUUGUUAUAUGUACUUUAAUAAAUAUUUUCAAGUA